AUGGCCCAACCGCAGGAACCAGCAAUUGGGAUAGAUCUAGGAACAACAUUUUCAUGUGUUGGAGUUUAUCAACAUGGUCGAGUAGAGAUCAUUGCAAAUGAUGUGGGUAACAGAACUACACCCUCAUAUGUUGCUUUCACUGAUGAGGAGCUUCUCUUUGGUGAAGCUGCUCGAAAGCAAGCUCCCAUGAAUCCUGUCAAUACCAUCUUUGAUGCUAAAAGGUUGAUCGGAAGGAGAUUCACUGAUUCAUCAGUACAAAAGGAUAUGAAGCACUGGCCUUUUGAAGUAGUGGGUGAUUCUGCUAACAAACCUAAAAUAGUUGUGAAUGAAAAAGGUAAGGAAAAACAAAUCUCACCUGAGGAGCUGUCGUCGAUGGUUCUCACUAAGAUGAAGGAAAUUGCUGAAACCUACUUAGGAAAGACUGUUAAGAACGCUGUUGUCACAGUCCCUGCACACUUUAAUGACUCACAGCGGCGGGCUACAAAAGAUGCUGCAACAAUAGCAGGCCUGAAUGUUCUGCGUAUUCUUGUGGAGCCAACCGCUGCUGCAGUUGCUUAUGGUCUUGACAAGAAGCUUACAAGUGGUUCAGCAGGGGAGAGAAUUGUCCUUGUUUUUGAUCUUGGUGGUGGUACUUUUGACGUUUCUCUGCUCAAAAUUAAAAAGAAGAAUUUUGAAGUGCUGGCUACUGAUGGCAACAGUCACCUUGGAGGCGAGGACUUUGACAAUCGUUUAGUUGACUAUUUUCUUAAGGAUUUUAAAAGAAAGCACGAAAAAGACAUCAGUAACAAUGCUAAAUCUUUAAGAAGAUUGAGAAAUGCUUGUGAAGAGGCGAAAAGAUUUCUCUCAACUGUUCAGGUGACAGCUAUCGAAAUAGACUCUCUCUAUGAGGGAAUAGAUUACCGCGAAAGAAUUACUCGUGCCAAAUUUGAGGAGUUGAACAAGGAUCUGUUUAACAGUUGUUUAAAGACUGUGAAGAAUUGCCUGAAAGCUGCAGGGAUGGGCAAGGAUAGGGUCCAUGAUAUUGUUCUUGUGGGUGGAUCUACUAGAAUUCCCAAAGUGCAGCAGCUAUCAAAGAAUUUUUUCAAUGGGAAGGAGCUUUGCCAGGGUAUUAAUCCUGAUGAGGCUGUUGCUUAUGGUGCAGCUGUGCAAGCUGCUGUACUGAAUGGUGAGAAAAAAUUUAAUAUUAGAAGUAUGGAACUGCUUGAUGUAACUCCUCUUUCACUUGGGAUUGAUGUAAAGGGUGGAGUAAUGAGUACUGUCAUUCCAAGGAACACAAAAAUUCCAGCCACCAAGGAAAUGGAGUACGUUACAUCCGGAGAUCAACAAGAAUCUAUCUGUUUUUUAGUUUACGAGGGUGAGAGAUCAAAUUCAAAAGAUAACAACUUACUGGGUGAGAUAACACUUGAUGGCCUCCCUCGUGCACCGAGGGGAGAAGUUGAAGUUUUAGUAACAUUUACCGUUGAUCCAGAUGGGGUUCUAGAUGUUACUGCAGAGUGUAAGAUUGCUGGAGUGAAGGCGAAUACAACAAUAACCAGCCAGGGAAGGCUUACGAAGGAAGAGAUUGAGAGAAUGAUCAAGGAUGCCAAGAAGUAUAGAACUGCAGAUGAGGCAUUUAAAAGGAAAGCUAUGGCAAUGAAUGCGUUGGAAGAAUAUGCAUAUGAUAAGAGGAGUGCCAUCAAAGCUGAUGGUAGCCUUGGUCGAGUUGCUCAGAGAAAAGUAGAGAAAGCUAUCAAGGAGGCUAUUCACUGGGUUAAUGCAAACAAGAGUGCUACAGUUGCAGAGUAUGAUUCCAAGAAGAGGGAAUUGGAAAGUAUUUGUGAUUCCAUCAUUGCUAGCGAUAACUACAGGCGAAAAAAGAUUAAGGUUGAGGUAGUUGACUAAUUUAUAUCUGUCAUCAAAAGCUUUAAAAUGUUUAUCGUUUAAGGGUAUUGAACAUUUUAGAUUACUACGUAGUAGACUCUGCUUUUGGUUCGAUGGUUGGGAAUACUGUCAAUCGGCAAUUCUGGUUUAUGGUAAUGUAACAGCUUUUAUGUGGUGGACGUCUUUCUUGACUGGAACUCCUAACAAAAUUAAGAAGGCUUCGAAGCAUAAUGCAAAUACUAGUAUUAUUUUUCA